UCGAUAGGGUUUCCUGUCCACACCGCCGCCAUGUUCCCCAUCCACACUGUCGCCUCCACCUUCCCGAUCCACACUGCUGCCGCCACCCUGCUUGGCUCCGGCGGCCGGAGCUAGCACCGCUGUUGCUGCCCGUCCUCUGGAUCUCCUCCUCCACUCCUCCUCUUCCCUAACACCCCAGUUACCUACGCCCUCUCCAUCUUCCCGCAGCUAGCAGGCGCAGCAGGAGGAGAGCGUCGCCAGGAUCCCGACGCCCGGCAGCCGGGGCAUCUCGUCCGACGCCCUAUAGUCGGGGUAUCUCGCGGCAGCCACCACGCACUCCCUUCCUACAGGAGCACGCCCGACGGCCGGAGCAUCCCGCGGCCGCCACCAUGUCCGCCCUUCCUCCAGGAGAGCAGAGUACCGCGACCCCUUCCUCGACUCCCGUCCCUCCAGGAGCAUCUCGCCGCCACCACCACUUCCUGCAACAGCACACUGCACACGACACCAUCUCUGCCACUCCCUCCUCCGGCAGCAAGGAGGACAACUCUGCUCCUUCCAGUGUAAUGCAAAUUGCAAGACUGGACUCUCUCAUGCAGCACAGCAGCAGGGCAUUUUUUCUUUCUUUUUACUGUUUUUUAGUUUUGUUUGUGCAAGAUAUAAAUUUAGAUGCUGGUGUGUAGAUGGCUAGAUGCUAAUGUAGAUCAGUAGAAUAGAUGCUGCUACUCCUGCCCUUUGAUUUAAGUCUAAAUGUCUAAUACAUGUUGUUGCUGCCCUUUGAUUUAAGUUGCUAUAGAUGAAUAGAUGCUGCAAUUCUUUGAUAAUUUGGUAUUGUAGAUUUGUAGAGCUUGUUGUGUAGUGCUGCUAAUAAAGUAAUAAAUGUUGCUGCCCUUGUGAUGUUUGUAGAUGUCUGUUUCUGGUACUUCAGAGGUUGCAAGUUCCAAACGUAAGAGAAACUCAGAUGACAUGGCUUGGGAAUUUGCUGUGCUGAUUGAUCCAGAUGAUCUACAAAGAGUCAAGUGCAUUCUUUGUGGAAAAGAGAUGUCAGGAGGGGUGACUAGGAUGAAGCUAUACUACCGCAAGGUUUUCUAUGUUUUAUGUUGGAAUGCAAGGUUUUCGAGCCUUUGGUAAAGUUACUUCGGUUGGCUGAUAGUGAUGGGCAGUCCAUGGCCUCUAUGUAUGGACAAAUAAUAGAAACAAAGAAGGCAAUAAUGCUUGCGGUUGAAAGUUCGGAGAAGGAUUACAAGGUGAUCACAACAGCCAUGGAGAGCAAGCUGAAUGGGAGGCUAGAUACCAUAUUGCACAUGGCAGCAUAUGCCUUGAAUCCUUAUUAUAGAUAUACUACCGCAAGCAUCUUUACUGAUGUAGAAGUCAUGUCCGGGUUGAUGGAGGCUAUUGAACAAUUUUAUCAUGGUGAUGAUGACAAGCAGGAUAAAGCGCUUAACACAAACUUGCCCAAGUUUAAGAAGAAGGAAGGCAUGUUUGGGAAGGUGGCUGCCACAAGAGCCAUUACCAAACAAAAUUACAAUGCCGGGGAGUGGUGGGCAACAUAUGGACUACAAACUCCUACCUUGAUGCAUGUGGCUUUGAGGAUACUCAACUUGACCACAAGUUCAUCCGGAUGUGAAAGAAAUUGGAGCAUUUUUGAACAAGUAGAUGCAAAGAGGAGAAAUAAACUAGAUGUGUGUCGUAGGGACGAUCUAGUUUAUAUUCAAUUCAAUGGAAGAAUGCUAGACAAGCGAAAGAAGUACUCAUCAUCUUGUGAUGUCCUCCUUGGUAAAGAUGCUUCCACAACCCAAGAUUGGAUAUGUGAAGAUGCUUACAUUGAUGAUGAGAUGGGGGAAACCGAAGAUGACAAUGCAAUGGAGCCUCGUAGAAGUCAAAGGGUGAGAGAACUACAUGAAGUGGAAGAGUUCGUUUCCGAUGAUGAAGAUGACAUUGUGCCUAUCAAUGACGAUGAGAUAGAGUUCGAGUCUGAUGAUGAUGUGGUUGGGAAUGGGAUAGAAGAAACCAGUGACAAUGGUGAGGAAGACCGUAUGCAACCUUGAAUCCUAUGCCAAUGAAAAUGUCUUAUGCUUGCUAGCAGCCUAGUACUUUAUUUUGGACUUUUGGUUGUGAGUUGUGAGAAUCAGAGAGCAAAGGAAGGACUAUGUGUUGAUUGGCGUUUGGCUGUGUGCUACUGCUAGCAAAAGCAAAGUAGCAACAAAGUACUCCCUCCGUCCCAUAAUGUAAGACGUUUUUGACACUACACUAGUAGCAAAAAACUUCUUACAUUAUGGGAUGGAGGGAGUAUGUUAUUUAUGUUUUCUGACGACCUUGUUAAACUUGUUUGAACUUUGAACUAUUCUGGACCUUCUUCUGUAUUUGCUUGCAAAGCAGCAAGACUAUUAUAUGCACUGUUGUACUGUACUGCUUUCAACUAUUAAGUGUAUCUGCCAUGUAAUAUUUAUUAUAUAUGCACUCUUUGAGACAUGCAAAAAGAGUACAUGUGCUGCUGUA